GUCAGCGGCGCGCGGCCCCGCGGCCGUCAUGUCUGUGCGUUGCACCGCGCGCGGGAGAGGAGACCGCAAACCCGGAGCCAUGGCCUGAGUGUCCGACGGGAUGUUUGGCUUAUUCCGGAAUGCGGGCCGAGCGCUGCGUUGGACGUCCCACCUGCUGUACAGCGGGGACCCCUGGAGGGGAGGGCGGGAAAACCCCUUUCCCCUGGGGAUGGGCAACCCACUGUCCAGGAAUCCCUGCUCCACUACGAAGCCGAAGGGGAGUGGGAAGGGGGCAGUAGAGGUGCAGUUGAUGCCUGUGACAGUGACGGAGAUCAGGCAGUACCUGAAAUCAAAGGGCAUUCCCUUCAAUGACGGCUACAGCUGCCUGCAUACCCCCAGCCUGUUCGCAGGCAGGGUCUUCGAGGCAGCUCAGCCACCCCCCAAGGGAUCCUUCCCCCUCUUCAUCGACAAGACUACGGGGCAGUUUGUAUGCAAGGAAACACAGCUGGAAGGGAGCUGGGAGGACUUUCAGGACUGUGUGGAGGUCCUACUGAGGGAAGGAUGGGAUAACUUAGGGCCUGAUGUCCUGCUGAAGAUUCCUGAGAGCGACUGGGAGUUGGAGGAGAGGGAGCUCCGAGCCCGGGAGGUGCGAGAGAUCUGGAACAAAGCUGUGGGCUUCUCACACCUGGAGGAGGACGAGGCCCGGCUGGUCAAACGGAUGUUCGGAAUCUCCAAGAUUUCCAACUCAACUCUGAGCAAGCUUGGCGUCAGGUGCUUCAGGGCCACCAAGAGCCUGGUCGUCCCGUGGUUCGACUUCAGAGGUGCGGGCAUGAAGGGGUUAAAGGUGCUUACAGCUGAGCCUCAUGGGGAGGGGGUUAGGUACACAGAGACCACUCUGCCAAAGCCCAGCAACUACCACAACUUGUUUGGGCUGCUGGAGGCCGUACGGAAGGACGGAUCACUGGUGUUGACGGGCGCAGAGAUGGACUGCUUGGCUGUGAGCCAGGGCACAGGCCUGGCAUGCGUGGCACUGCCCAGGGGAACAAGCUGCUUGCCCCCCGCCCUCCUCCCUUAUCUGGAGCAGUUCCGCAAGGUUGUCCUCUGGCUUGGUAGCGACCUCCGCUCCUGGGAAGCAUCCAAGGCCUUCGCCAAGAAGCUGAACCUGAAACGUUGCUAUCUGGUACGGCCGGGCUCAGGGCAGCCCAGCCCUCGCGAAGCACUCGACCGAGGCCUGAACCUGGUCAAGAUCGUCAGGGGAGCUGUGGCUGCCAGCCACAAGUCUAUUAUCACCUUCCGGCAGCUACGGGAAGAUGUGUUCGGGGAGAUGGCCAACAUGGAACAGCUGGCCGGCGUCCAAUGGCAACGCUUCACUGGCCUCAACAGGCUCCUCAAGGGCCAUCGGAAAGGGGAGCUCACCAUCUUCACUGGUCCCACAGGUAGCGGGAAGACCACGUUUAUCAGCGAGUGCACAUUGGACCUGUGCAUACAGGGAGUGAAUACCUUGUGGGGCAGCUUCGAGAUCAAUAACGUGAGGUUGGCCCGCAUCAUGCUGACACAGUUUGCCCGGCAGCGACUAGAGGAGCAGCUGGAGGAGUAUGACGAGUGGGCGGACAGAUUCGAAGACCUACCCCUCUUCUUCAUGACCUUUCAUGGUCACCAGAACAUCAAAACUGUGAUGGACACAAUGCAGCACGCUGUGUACAUGUAUGAUAUCAGCCACAUUGUUAUAGACAACCUGCAGUUUAUGAUGGGACAGGAGUACCUCUCUGUGGACAAGUUUUCUGCCCAGGAUUUUAUGAUUGGGACUUUCAGGAAAUUUGCCACAGUUAACAACUGUCACGUGACCCUGGUUAUCCACCCCCGCAAGGAGGACGAUGAGAAGGAGCUGCAGACGGCUUCCAUCUUCGGCACGGCCAAGGCCAGCCAGGAGGCUGACAACGUGCUGAUUCUCCAGGAUAAGAAGCUGGCUUCUGGGCCAGGCAAGAGGUACCUGCAGGUCACCAAGAACCGCUUUGAUGGUGACGUGGGAGUCUUCCCCCUGGAGUUUGACAAGAGCUCGCUCACCUUCUCUGCCCCAAAAGUCAAGUCCAAGCUCCGCAAAGUGAAGGACGAGCCUGGAGUGCUGGCUGCGAAGACAGGCAAGGAAAAGAAAUGAGAUGGAAGACGGUGCUGGGCCCUUUGCCUCAUCUGGUCUGGAGUUGUAGCUGGUGUCUCCGAGUGCCAUUGGACCCAGCGCCCAGUGAUGUAUAAAUGGUUUCUUGCUACACAUGACAAAUUAAUGUUACAUGGAGUAUUUAGUAUUAUUUACUACUGUGAUUGAAAAAGUAUGUGCUAAUUUAUCUUUUGCCCAUUCUUCCCUCCCACCACCCUACCCCGCUCCCAUAGGAACAUGGGAAUAGGAGUAUUCAGCCCCUUGAGCCUGUUCCACUGUUCUAUUAGAUCAUUGCUGAUCUGAAGGGUAAAAUGCAACUUUUCCUAACUUGUUUUGUGAGCUAAUUAGCACACGUUCCGAUACAUCACAUUUUCGAGCAACAACUUGAUGUGCCAGUUGGCCAAUUAGAAACAUCUCGUUUUGGAGUCCUGUAGUAUAGAGGUUGGAGCGCUCACCUCAUAAGCGAAAGGACCUGCAUUUGAUUCCCGGGCAGGACAGGGUGAAACUUUAGGCCAGUUUCCUUACUCCACGCACAUAUCUCUGUUUACCUAGCAGUAUGUAGGAACCCGCUUGUUAGUCGAUUGGUGAAUCAUUUUUCCAUGGGUAAUAAU